AUGUCGUCGCCACCUUCGCCGGCGUCGAAGCUACUUCCCUGGGGACGACUCGUGCUGCUCGCCAAAAAGAAGGGCGAGGCUCUGCCUGACCUCUUCGACUUGUCUCGCUCCAUGCACCGCAUCGGCCGCGUACCCAAUCGCUCUGAUCUCAUCAUCCCCAAGAAAUACAUCAGUACCCUCCACUGCAUCAUCCGACUACAUGGAAGUCGCUACGGUCUCUGGGUAAAUCGCAAAAAAGUCGGGAUCCGCAGGAAGGUGCAACUGAAGAAAGGUUAUGUGAUUCACUUCGCGGACCCCGACACGACAGAAGUGUCGGAACUCGCAUACAAAUUUGAGAUAUUGCCCAGUGGACUAACGAAAAAGAACGAGGAACUUCAUGCCCAACUGAGCGCGGAUGAAAAGUCUGUGGCUGGUCGCACUCGCAAGCGUGUCCAUGAAGAGCUCCAGGCUACGCAGAGUCCUACCAAGGUGGUUGUGUCGCCUCCACGUCCUCGGCCAGUGAAGAAAUUGCGACGGGUUACCAUAACUCAACAGCUGAGUCAAGAAGAGGACGUCAGUGAGCCAGAUACUGAGCCAAGUAACACAUCUGCCACGCAACAGGCAGCUUCGUCAAGUGGCACGUCGACCAUAGCUGCUGGUAAGAGGCGACGUCGCGCCGCUGUCCCAGCUCCAGACAGCAAACUCGCCGAGAAGCACGAUGAGCUAUUGGUGCUGUUUGCUGAGAAUUCUCUCACCCUGAAAAGGCAGUCCAAGCAACUGGAGCAGGCGCAACAGGAGCUGGAGACUUUGCGGAAAGAACACGAGGCGAUGAAAAAGACCCGUGAGGACGAGGUAAAGAAGGUCAAGGAGCAAGCUGCUACUGAUCGGGCCAAGAAAGAUGCAGAGACCAAGCAGAAACUGGACGAGAUUCGUCACGAACGCGACGUUUUGAAGAAGACACUCCACCAAAUUUUGGACCAGAACUCCAACGUGCGACCUGUAGUCGAACUGACUGCUGAGCUUGAAAAAUUGAAGCGUCAAAUCAAAGCUGGGCAUGACGAGCUGGCUUUCCAGAACCGACAGCGAAGUCUCUCUCAGACGACCCCUCCUUCUAAGAAACAACUCGUUCAGCUUGAAAGGUGGACACAGGAAAUUCAACGGCGUCAGGCAGAACAAGAAAUGUCAAUUCGGUUGGUACAGCAACUGGCCAAACACAUUAAAGGCUCGGCAGUGCAAGCCAACACACAAGCCAACUUGUCGGGGUCCAGCGAGUCGCAAGACUCGAUAGAUGCUGCACAUCCACGCAGCGAUCGCCGCAACUCGCAGCUGUCGAAUGAGCAAUCCGAAAUAUCGCCGAGUGACGUCCCGCUCACGGUCGAUGCAGCUGACGAAGAGACGAAGAGCGGCGAUGCUGCGCAAGGACCUCCGUUGUUCACCAUUUUUGGAGCACGCAGCUCGACGGCAGACUCCAAUAGCAGUGAAAGCAAACCCGCCACUCUGUCCAAACCGCAGUUUUUUCGUACGCAAGGUGUGAGAAGUACGGAGAGCAACGAGAGCAAGACGCAGGAAGGUGCUGGAGAUGAGACAAAGGGCAACGAGUAAAAGUUUUGCUCUGAAAAAACUCAAAAUAUAGAUACCAUGACUUUUUGAGUAC